UAGAGCCAAAUGGUUUGAAACUCUUGUUCUUGUUGGUUUCUCUCACUUUAAAUCACUAUGUCUAUGUUGCAAAAGGGUCGUAUUUCUGUCGUUCUUGGUUCUCAAUGGGGUGAUGAAGGAAAAGGCAAGUUGUCUGAUAUCCUUUGUGGUGAAGCAGAAAUCUGUGCCCGUUGUGCUGGUGGUAAUAAUGCUGGUCAUACUAUCGUUGUCAAUGAUAUCAAGUACGAUUUCCAUAUGUUGCCCUCUGGUUUGAUUAACCCUAACUGUAUCGCUUUGGUUGGUAAUGGUGUCGUUGUCCACUUGCCUUCUUUCUUUGAAGAAAAGGCCAAGCUUGAAGCUAAAGGUCUCAACUGUGAAGGUCGUCUUCUUCUCUCCGACCGUGCCCAUCUCGUUUUUGAUCUCCACCAAAAGAUUGAUGGCCUCAAGGAAGUUGAAUUAGGCCGUGGUAGCAUUGGUACUACCGGUAAGGGUAUUGGUCCUACCUACUCUUCCAAGGCUUCUCGUUCUGGUAUCCGUGUCCACCACCUCUUUGAAUUUGAAGAAUUCUCUGCGCGAUUCAGAAACAUGGUUGAAAACAAGCGCAAACGUUACGGUAACUUUGAAUACGACGUUGAAGCUGAACUCGCACGUUACAAGGAACUUGCUGAACGUGUUAAACCUUACGUUAUUGACACUAUUCCUUAUCUUCACGAACAAAUCAAGGCUGGUAAGCGUAUCCUUGUUGAAGGUGCCAAUGCCUUGAUGCUUGAUAUUGACUUUGGUACAUAUCCCUAUGUUACUUCCUCAAGUACUGCUAUUGGUGGUGUCUGUACUGGUCUUGGUAUUCCUCCCAACAUGAUCUCUAGUGUUGUUGGUGUUGUGAAAGCAUACUGUACCCGUGUCGGUGGUGGUCCCUUCCCCACUGAACAAUUAAACGAAAUUGGUGAACAUCUUCAAACUGUUGGUUUUGAAAUCGGUGUUACUACUGGUCGUAAGCGUCGUUGUGGUUGGUUAGAUCUUGUUGUCCUUCGCUAUUCUACCAUGAUCAACGGUUACACUAGCUAUAACUUGACCAAGCUUGAUAUUCUUGAUCAAUUACCUACAAUCAAGGUUGCUGUUGCAUACCAUUUGGAUGGCAAGAAAUUGACAUCUUUCCCUGCUGACCUUGAUCUUCUUUCCAGAGUUGAAGUCGAAUACGUUGAACUUCCUGGUUGGAUGACAGAUAUUUCCAAGUGUACCAAGUUUGAAGAACUUCCUGAAAAUGCAAAGAAAUACAUUGCCUUUAUCGAAAAAGAAACCGGCGUCCCUGUUGAAUGGAUCGGUGUUGGUCCCGGCAGAGAAGCCAUGAUUCACAAGCCUGUUUCCAACUAAUCAUAUUUAUCAACAACAUCAUUUGCACAUAGAUAUCUUUUUCAUUCCUUUUAUUUAUUUUAUAUUGUCUUUGUCACACUGUAAAAGAGAAUAAACGUACAUAUAUUUAUAACCACAAAAAAAAAGAAAAUAGAUGUUGCAAGUUGAAGGGUAGUCCUCAUUUAGACGUAAUUGUUGUAUCAAGGGUGCUUUGGGUGCUAUAUCAAAUGCUUUGGGUGCUAUAUCAAAUGCUUUG